UUGUAACCGAAACACUGGGACGCGAGGGACACUCCGAGACAUCACGACAUGAUUUGAUCCAGUAAAUUGUUCGAGUGAUUUAUUCCGGGGUUAUUGAUAUUUUCGGUGAUUGUUGGGGUUAUUUGUGAAGGGGGAGGUGGAGUCGGGGGUAAAUAUGCAGCCGUGGACUGGAGCCAUCGUCGAAUGGGUGAACUGUCUGGGAGUCCACCCCUCCCCCAUAAAAGACGUCCGAGACCUGGAGAACAAGAGCAUCUACCUAAAAAUAAUAAGUCAGCUGAAUGAUGGAGCCUCCGAACCCCCAGAGCAGAUCUCAGAAUUCCUCUCCAAGGAGUAUCCUGAGUUCGUCCUGCAGCACCCCUCCAACGACAUCAUCCCAAACGACGUCUACAUCGCCUCUCUGCUGCUCCUCACGACCUCCCAGAAAAUCUCGUUCCACCGUCCCAUGUGCCAUCUUCGCAACGACACCCAGAUCCUCAUAAAAAGGUUCCUAGAAGUCCUCCUGCCGUACGGUAAGAGCAUAACCCGAGAGAUCGUGACGAGUACGAUCUCAGAACUGAGUGAUGCCACCCCGCGAACCCCUCCGGUCACUCCGAAGGACCGUCCCCUCAGGAAAUUCUUCACGUCCCCAGCUGCACAGUCAGCCCAUCGGCACAGAAUCCUGAAUGAAAAGACACGAGAGCUUCGCCUGCUGAAAGCAGAACUGGAGACCGAGAGGUACGAGAAGGUUGAUCUGCAGGAGGACGUCAGGAUCAGGGAGGAGAGGAUCCAGACACUCCAGAAGAAGCUCAACGAGAAGGAUGUGGAGUUGAAGGCUCUCAAGGCCGACAAGUGCAGACCUCACACACCUCAGUCUGCACGGAAGAACAAGAGGUUCGAGGACGUGGAGCAGAUGCUGAAGAAGGAGAUUCAGCACUUGGAGAGCUUUAAUUCGAAUUUGCAGAGCCAGCUGGAUGGCGUGGAGAGUGAGAAGGAGGAGUUGAUGAGGAAAUUGACCUCCAAGGAACGCCUGAGUCAGGGAUUGAAGGAGAAGGUGGAGACCUACGAGAGAAACCUGGAAGCCCUGAGUAUCCAACUGAACCAGAAAUCCUCUGAACUCCUGGACCUCCGCCUCCAAAACGAGGAAUUAAGGUCCCACAUCAAGGACAUGCAGAGGUGUUCCCUGGACGCUGACCAGAGUUUCGAAGUUGAUUCAGUAUCAAUGUCCCGUUCACCCACCCCAGGAUUGAACACCAGUGAAGCCCUCAGUUCGAUCGUGGAUAUUCAGCUGCAAGAGGCCAGAGAAGAGUCCUCCAAGCUGAAAUCCGAGCUGGCUAGUCUGCACCUGCGGCUGAACGAGGCUCUCCAAAGCUGCGAUGAGUUCAAACGACUCAAUGGAGAGCUGACCCUCAAAGCUGACGACUUGACUGUCGUCAAGGAAAAGUUGAAAAAAACUGACGAGGAAUUAACGAUCAUGAAGAGUAAAAUGAAGACUCUUGAGGAGGAGAAAAUUCAUUUCGAGAGGGACGUGGAGACCCUCCAGGAGGUCCUGGCCUCCAAGGAAGUGAUCCUGAAGGAAACAACGGACAAUUGCAGAUCAUUAAACACAAAAAUCGAGGAGCAACUCGAAAUAAUAACGAGAAUAAACGAAAACAUUAAAAAAUUGAAUUCAUCCCUGACGAGCCACAAAGAGGAGAUAAAGCGAAUGAACUCUGAAAAAUCAGUUCUUCAGACUGAUCUCGACGAUUCGAGGCAUAAAAUCAGUGAGCUCGAGACAUCUCUAGCUUCGGAAACGUCGAAAUCCUCAGAGAUCUCCAGGAGAUCCAAAGAAAGCCUGAAAACCCUCGAGGAAAAAAUAUCCAGAAUCGAGUCAGAGAAACGAAAACUGGAGGAAAACGUUGAAGAGACGACAGUUGCUCUCGAGGAGUCGGUCAAGAGCCUGAACGACAAGCGACUGACGAUAGAUUCACUGAAUGGCCUAGUGGACAGGCUGCAGGACCACCAGAGCACCCAGGAGAUGACCCUGAAGAACCUGGAGAUGAAACUUUGUGAAUUAACCGAAUUAAAAGAUGAAUUGCAGAGUCAAGUGGACGAGGAACGGAGGACUGUCCUCAGGAUGUCAUCCGAGAAGGAGAGUUUGCACCAGGAUCUGAUGGCUUGUGACAACGAGAAGAGGAAACUGACGGAUCAGUCGACGAGGCUGAAGGCAGACCUCGAGGAGAUGACUGAGAAGGCUGAGGAGCUCGAUAAGCAGAGGAAAACGAACGAGGAGAAGUACUUCAGGGCCUCAGAGAAGAUCCAACUGCUGCAGGCUGAGGGCGAGAGGCUGAAUUCCGAGACUGCCUCUGCCACUGCUGAGAUAUCGAGGCUGCAGGAGCUCCAGGAGAACCUGGAGAACCAGCUCACCCAGGAGCAGGAGAACUCCAUGAAACUGAUCACUGAAAAGGCGAGGGUAGAGCACGAGUUGACAAACAAGUCUCGUGAGAACUCUGAUUUGUCUCAGAGGAUUGGGGAGCUCGAUGCCCAGUUGAAUAAGACUCUUCAGGAGCUGCAGGACCUGGAGAACCUACACGGAGACCUCACUGGGAAUCAUCAGAGGAGUGUCGAGAGGGGGCAGAGGCUGGAGGGUGAGAUUUCGAGGGCUAAUAACGAGAUCAGGAGGUGCAGUCUCGAGAUCUCUGAGAUGAAGACUGUGAUUUGUCGUCUGGAGGGGCAGUUGGAGGAGGAGAGGUGCAGUGUGAAGACUCUUCUGCACGAAAAAUCGGAAUUGGAGAAUGAGUUGUCUUCGGCUGAAAGGGAGAGGAGGGAAUUGAUGGAGAAAGUCUCUCUGUUGCAGGAGAAUUUGAAGAAUUCAGAGAGGAAAAUCCAGGAAAUUCAGGGAGAAUCCGAAAAAUUGAAGACUCUGGUGGGGAAAAAAGAGGGGGAGAUUGAGUCUCAGCUGGACGAGAUCAAGGAGUUGAGGGGUGAAUUGGAGGGAGUGAUGGCUGAUCGAAGUUCCUUGGAGGUGAGUCUGAAAACUUUGGCUGAAAAAUCGGAGUCUGAGAUUUUGGGGCUGAAGGAGAUUCAGAAGACGUUGAGCGCUCAAUUGGAAGGGGCACGUGGAGAGAUUCAAGCUCUUGGCGACGAAAAAGCUGGAAUUAGUGCUGAAUUUUCAAUUGUUCGAGGGGAGAAGCAGCAGUUGAUGCAGGAUUUGGCUCUGAUUGAAGGGAAAUUGACGAGUGCUGAGGAAAAAAUCAAUCUUAUCGAGGGAAAAUACGGGGAGAGUGAGAGGAGAUACUCUGAAGCUGUUGAUAGAAUCAAAUUUAUGACUUCAGAAAUCGAGCAAUUGAACUUUGGAUUUAAUGCUGCUGUCUCAGAACGAGAGUCUCUAAGAGACGACCUGAAUCAUCUGUCUGAAGAGACAUCGUCACAAAUUUCAGAAUUACAGAAGGUUCAGGAGACUUUGGAGACUGAGUUGAAGACAACUCGAGAUGAAAAUCAAGUUCUUUCGGACGAGAAGUCAUCUUUGACUCAGAAAUUAUUGAUUUUGGGGGAAGAAAAGGGUCAUUUGAUUGAGGAUUUGAGGUCUAAUGAGCUGAAAUUGAGAGAAUGCAGUGAAAAAAUUACAGAACUCGAGAUUUAUUCUGAGGAAUUGCACCAGAAACACGAGGAAUGCAUCAAGAAAAUAGAUUCGAUGACUUCAGAAGUGAAAAACUUGACAUCAACACUGGAGAAGACUAUUUUAGAACGCGAUGACAUCCAGAAUAAUCUCGCAGACUUGAAGCAACAAAUGACAGAGCUGGAGGGCGAAUGGAGAUCAGAACGUGAUAUGAAUGGAGUUCUUUCUGACGAAAAAUCAUGCCUGACCGCGGAAUUGAAUAUUCUGCAAGAAGAGAAGAAGAAUUUGUUGGAGAAACUGGAUUUGAAUGGAGAAAAACUGACGGAACUGGAAAGGAAAAUCGAGGAACUGGAGAAUUAUUCCGAACAACUGCAACAGAAAUACGAAAAAUCGACUGAAAAAAUCGUCUUGAUGACUUCUGAAACGAACAAUUUAACUCUGGAGCUGCGUGAAACUAGUUCAGAACGGGAUUCACUGCAGGAUAACUUGGCGCUUCUUCAGAAGCAGAUUGAAGAAUUAAAUAAUCAAUUGGAGACAGAACGAGAGGCUAACGAGACUCUAAUCACUGAAAAAUCGGAUAUCAGUAUAAAAUUAUCGAGUUUAGAAGAACAAAAAGACGAUUUAGUUGGGAAAUUGGACUCUCGUGAGGGGGAAUUGACAGAACUCCAACGAAAGAAUAAAAAUCUUGAAGUUUAUUCUGAGGAACUGCAGCAGAAAUUGACUGAAGCCAUCCAGAGAAUUAAUUCAUUGAAUUCUGAAGUAGAAAAUUUGAAUUCCCAACUCCAGAAAAUGAUCCCAGACUUGACAAAUAAGAUGAGCGACUUGAGUAGUCAAUUGAUGGCGGAAAAAGACGCUAAUCAGGCUCUGAUUAACGAAAGAUCCUCUUUGAUCAGCGAAUUAUCGAGCCUGAAAGCAGAAAACAACAAUUUGUCCCUUAAUUUGGGCUCAAAAGACUCAGAACUGAGGAAUUCUGAUGAAAAAAUUAAAAAUCUGGAGAGUUUCUCUGCGGAAUUGCAACGAAAACACGAAGAAUCCACUGAGAAGAUCACGUCGAUGACUUCUGAGAUGGAAAAAUUAUCGUUGAAGUUGGAGAAGACAAUUUCAGAACGUGAUUCUGUGCAGAAUGACUUGAGUCAACAGAUCUCACACCUGAAGGGUCAAUUGGAAACAGCAAAAGACUCCAUUGAAUCUGAAAAAUUGUCCCUGAUGACUCAAUUAUCAAAACUAAAAGAGGAGAAUGACGAUUUGGUCAGGAAUUUGAGAUCAAAACUUGAAGCUCUCCAGAAUAAUCACGAGAAUUUACAGCAGAAAGAGCGAGAGUUGAUCGAAAAAAAUAUUUUACUAAACUCCGAAGUGGAAAAUCUGACUCAGCAGAUGGAAGAAGCCAUUUCAGAACGCAACUCCCUUCAAUCCAACUGGAAAGAUCUCCAGGAUAAACUGAAAGCCUCAGAGGCUGAAUUGGAAGGAGAACGAGAUCGUAAUGAGUGUCUUUCAGUUGAAAAAUCUUCCCUGAAGACAGAAAAUGAGAAUCUCCUCGAGGAUUUGACGUCUGCAAAGGAAAAACUGUCGGAAUCCCAGAAGAAAAUCGAAGAUCUUGGGAGUUGCUCUGAAGAACUCGAGCGAAGGGCGACAGAAUCAUCUGAGAAGAUCACCUCCCUGAGUUCAGAACUCGAUAAAUUGACGUUGCAACUGGAGGAGACGAUUUCUUCGCGUGAUUCAGCUCGAGAAGACCUCGCAGACACGACGAAACGACUGGAAACGACAGAAGCAGAGUCAAAAAAAUACGAAAAAGAACUCCAGGAGUCAAUAGCAACGGCCAGUCGCCUGGAGGAGCUCGUGAGUUCCUUGGAGAGGCGUCUUCAGGAGUCCCAGAGCUCCCACGAGACCCUAAAAAUCGAGCAGAAGCUGAAGGAAGAAGCUGUUCAAGUCCUUGAGUCGAAACUCGAAGCCUUGAGAAAAGAGAAGAUCGAGUCAGAUCUAAAGCUGAAGGAGAUAAUCCUGAAUCUCCAGGAGAUCCGUGCGAGUCAGGACGCCGUGAUGGAGACGCAAUCGAAGGCAUUAUCCCAGAAGAAUCAGGACCUUGAGACCCUCGAGCAGGUGCAUGUGACGUUGAAGCGAACUCUCGAGGAGAAAAUCAAUCUCCAAGGCACGAAGAACUCUGAAUUAACGAAGGAACUCGAGAUCCUUCAGCAAUCCCUGGAGCACUCUUCAAGGGAAAUUGAGGAACUCCAGGGUUACCUGAAGACCGAGAGGGAUGAAUUGAAGUGCCUGAAGGAGGAACUCCACAAAAACAAAGAGGAAAAGUCGAAAAUUCUGGAAAUAUCGAAACUGUUGGCAUUUAAAUUAUCGAAAUUAAUCAGUAUAAUCAGGAGUGAAUCAAUUGCUCCUGAAGACGAGGAAAAAUGGGACAUUGACCACUCGUUUGAGGAUCCAGACCUUCAGGAACUCGCGAAAACUCUGGAACCUCUCUUGAAGUCCAUGAAAUCUAGUGAAGAAACGCUUUUAACACUUCUUGAAGAGAAUAAAAAAUUGGUGGGAAGUCUCGAAGAAGAGAAACUAAAGUCAGAGACUGUCUUCAAGGAGCAGCAGAAGAACCUGAAGUUGGCAGAGGUGAUUUCUCACCUAGAGUCCUCCCAGAAUCGCCAACAGGAGUCAGUUUCCUCCCUGAUCUCCAGGAAACAACGUCUCCAGGGGCUUUUGGAUCAAGUGAUCACCUCGAGGGAUGAAAUGGAGAAGACUCUGUCCUCCCUCUGCACCUCCUGGAUGACAAUUUCCUUCGAGAAGCAGUCCCUUCUGUCCGAGAGUUCGUCAGCCUGCGACGAGGUGAAGCACCUCAACGCCCAGAGAUCAGAAAUCGAGGGGAUGAUGAGGAAAAUCAACGAACGUCACAACAGCAGCUUCCAACCGCUGAUGAGAGGAUUCUCUGGGGUUCUGUCGUGGUGUCAGCAUCAGCUGGAGAAUGGUUCCUCGCAUGUUGGACUAAAAACCGAUCCUGGAGCCAUCGAAACGAAAUUCUCCCAUGAAAUUUCGAAGAAAGAAGAUCCUGAAGACGUUGAAAUCGAGUUAUCGUCUUCUGAAUCUCUCCUUCAGUCAGAACUCCAGAAGAACGUGGAGAUAAAAGAUGAUUUGGCUCUUGUCCUCGGGAAAAUCGAGGAGUUCAAGACCUCGAUAAACUCCUACGAGUCGAAUUUGAAGUCCGGAGUUGUGAAGCGAGAGCCAACGGCUGAGGAGAAACUCCAGACUCAGGUGGAUCGUCUCAGCAAAGAGAAGAAGGAGAUGAAGGAGAAGUUGGACGCCAUGAGGGUUCGCAAUGCCAAGAUGGAGAAGAAUAUGGAUGACCUGAGGGGUGAGAACAAGAAGUUGAAGGCGGAGAUGUCGUCAGCGUCUGUAGCAGCUCCAGAUCCCUCCGAGCUCGAUAAACUUGUCUCUCUGAAUGAGGACUUGAGGAGGGAGAACGACGAGCUGAAGAGGCUGAAGGAGGAGCUUGAGAAACGCCCGACGGACGAGGAGUUUGAUGUGAAACUCAAGCAGGUUCAUGAUGAGUAUGGGAUGAAGCUGGAGAAGAUCAAGCAGAGGAUGAAGCUGGCGUACAACGAGCAGGCGACGAAGAUGCAGAUGGAGCAGGACAGGGUGAUCAGGGAGAAGACAGCUGUGCUGAAGGAGAAGAUGGAGGCUGUGAUGAGGGAGAGGAUGGAGGCCCAGUGCAGGAAGUACACUGUGGAUAUCAAUAAGUAUAAGGCGCAUGUGAAGGAGCUGUCGUCGCAGUACUGGGAUGUGGGGGAGAAGCUUCUGGCUGAGCAGCAGGAGAAGGAGACCGCGCACCAACGGCUCAAGGAGCUCCAGAGGAAGCACCAGAUUGCGAUUGCCGAGGCCAGUCAGCAGUUGAUAGCCUCGCAGAAUCCGAUGAGAUCAGCCAGCCUCGACAGGGGUUUCGAUCAUGACCGAAGUGACCUGGGGAUGAGAGCUGGCUUCAGAACGGUUCAGGUGAUCGAGGAGCAGACAACAACGAGGAGGCACAGUGUCAAGAGCAUCCAGGCCAUGGGGAACGUCUUCAAGGCUGAGGAUGAGGACGAGAUAUUCGAUAAUGUCUACCUGACUGAUCUCAAGGAGGGACAGUUCAGGGCUAUCGAACCUCAGACUGACUUCGACAGGCUGUCCGAGCUGAGGAUGAGGAACUCGUUGUGCAGGCCUCAUCUCAAGAGCUCGUAUGCUGUGGAGACACAUCUGCAUCCUGCAGCCCUCACUGAAGAGGACAUCAAGAGUGGGCCUCACGAGGAUCUGUUCAAUGAUAGUCUCAGUCAGAGCCUACUGCCGGGACAGAAGGCAAAAAAAAAGGACAGGACUCAGACGUCCUAUAAACGCCCUGGACCUCCUACACCGAGUAAAAAUGGUGGCAGACUCUCCCUCCAGGGAAAUGAGCUGAAAAGUCCAAAUUCGAGAAUUCUGAAGGAGAAAAACGUGGACAGGAGAACAACAGCAACACCAAAGAGGCUGAAAGACUUCUUUGGAACUUCUCUGUCGAGACGUCAGGACGAGAAUGCUCCGGGUACUCCGAAGGGUCGCAGACUCAGCAACAUUUUUCGCAAGCCGAAGACGGAGAGAAGCUGAUGAAAUUCCCUCAGAAUAAAUUAUGUAAAAUAGAAAGAUGAUUCGUGGCUUUCAUAUAAUUUUUAUUACAAAAAAAAUAAUAAUGUUAUUCUCAUUAAUAUGUAAAUUAGUUAAAUACUACCAGUAGUAACAAAUAAUAAUUUCAGAUACUGAUU